AAUUGACCAAGGGAAGCUGGAAUUAACCGCAGUUUCGCCGCACUCAGGAACCUCGAGCCGCCAAGCUUCGAGCUCUCGCGCUCCGACGACAACGACGACGAGGACGGCGGGACAUUCUUAGGUCGCCAGUGUGCCGCAGCCACCCAAUUACGAGGACAGCGCAAGGUACAUAUCCUCUACGCUAUUUCCAUCCCGCUACCAGCCCGGCAACCCCGAAACUAACUCAGCAAAACGCACCCGCAAAGCAUCCCCUCCCCACGACUGCGACAACCCCAACCAACGACGAACGAAGGAAAGGUCCCAGAAAGGACAACAGAGCCGGGAGAGCUGGAAAGGAAAUAAAACACACACACCCAAAAAAAUGAGCGCCAUAACCCCCCGCUUCUGGGCCGGCCCCCUCCGCUACUGCCGCUGGGCCGCGCGCGAGCGGCCGGGCCUCUUCUGGUCCGUGUUCAUCGGCGCGCUGGGGCCCGUGACGCUGGUCACGGUGCCGCCGAUACGGCGCAUGAUCGGCGACUACGACGCGGCGCCCAUCCCGAUGACAUAUCCCGUGCCGAGUGGACCGAGGAAGAAGUUGACGGGGUACGACGACGAUACGGAAUGAUGAAGGCCGGGAAGGAAGGGGCGAAGACAUUUGCGAAUGGGCUGGGAUGGGAGUGAAGAGGAGGAAGCGGUGCGGUCAGCACCCGGAGAAGUCUGUAUCAACUAGUUGUUGUAUGUAACGGGCUUUGUGGCUGGGCGGCGGGUGAUAGAGAGAGGUGUGUGUGCGAAAACAGACGAUAGCCACCUCUGACGCCGAAAAAGAUGAAGUUCGUUGGCUGAGCGGCUCCGAAAAUCCAAGUCUACAUCUACUGCCCCUACCGAAUGCUCUGUCAGGUAACUA